AUGGACUGGGUGGCAGUGGACAAGGGCAUGCUCUCGCGGUUGCUGUACCCGAAUCCUGUGUGCUUGCUCUCGGGAGGAUUUAUCUGCUCCAUGAACGCCACUCGAUACACAGCCAACUUCAUGAACCACUCAGGAGCCGUCUUCGUGCUAAACGUGCCCGUUCGAGGGAUGGAAGAGCUGGUAUUGGCAAUUGGCAGCAGUACUGGGGCCGACGCGGAUAAAUUUGAGCAACUCAACAUUCCAAUCUGCGCCCCAGGAGGUGGGGAUUUUGUGGAAAUGGUGAAAGACACCCACGACACUGAGAAGCUAAGAAAGAAGCAGAAAUUGUCCAGGAAGGAGCUGGCGCGACAGGAAAUUGCUAGCGCUGCGGCUCAGAGUGUCGCUCUACGGGACUGCGUGGCACAUCUAUUGUGUCGUGUGGAUACUGUGACGGAAGAUGACGGCCAUUUGCUGCUUCGAUGCACGCAACUCGCUGGAUGGACUCGACGAGGCUACUGGGACGGCCGAAAUUUCAUACCGCAGGACGGGAUGAACGUGGAGCCGUAUCUGACGUUCCUUGGCAGUAAAGAGUUUGGCUACGUGAUGCCAACAGGCUCCGUUACAUCGCCGACGGGAUCAGCAGAUGCGUGA